UCCUCUAACCGAUAUAACUUCUAUCUUUUGCUUUUUCCCUGAGCUGAAGUCGCAAUACUUCUCUUAAUUAAUUUUUCUGCACUCGGAUCGGGUUUUCCACCUCCGUUCUGCUAUUAGGAUCUCUUUUUCAUUUUUGGGGAAUUUUUUUUUAAAUUUUGUAAUUUUUUUGGCGGGUGUUGCGACGAGGUGUUUUUCGUUGGAUUUGUGAUUCCUACGGAUGGAUCUUUGAAGUUCACUCAAUGGGAAAAUGAAGGAAAAAAUUGCAUUUAUUGUUUUCAUGUAUUUUUGGACUUAGGUUUUCUGUGCGUAGAAGAAGGCAGAUGAGUGAGUUUUGAGCUGUUGAAGAAGUUGCAAGGAAGUGAGGGAAGAACCUGAAUAUGGCGUCUGUUGGUAUGGCACCAACAUCAGGCGUGAGAGAAUCAGGUGGCGGCGUUGAUAGAUUGCCGGAAGAGAUGAACGAUAUGAAAAUUAGGGAUGAUAAGGAAAUGGAAGCUACAGUUGUUGAUGGCAAUGGAACGGAGACCGGCCAUAUUAUUGUAACUACUAUUGGUGGUAGAAAUGGUCAACCAAAGCAGACUAUAAGUUACAUGGCAGAGCGGGUUGUUGGGCAUGGAUCAUUUGGGGUUGUCUUCCAGGCUAAAUGCUUGGAGACUGGUGAAACUGUAGCUAUCAAAAAGGUUCUUCAAGAUAAGAGGUAUAAGAAUCGGGAGCUUCAGACAAUGCGUCUGCUUGACCACCCAAAUGUUGUCUCUUUGAAGCAUUGUUUCUUUUCAACCACUGAAAAGGAUGAACUAUACCUUAAUUUGGUACUAGAGUAUGUUCCUGAAACAGUUAGCCGUGUGAUCAAACAUUACAACAAGUUGAGCCAAAGGAUGCCACUAAUAUAUGUGAAACUCUAUACGUACCAGAUCUUUAGGGCACUAUCUUAUAUACAUCGCUGCAUUGGAGUCUGCCAUCGGGAUAUCAAGCCUCAAAAUCUAUUAGUCAAUCCACAUACCCACCAGGUUAAAUUAUGUGACUUUGGGAGUGCAAAAGUCUUGGUAAAAGGUGAACCAAAUAUAUCAUACAUAUGUUCUAGAUACUAUAGAGCACCUGAGCUUAUAUUUGGAGCCACUGAAUAUACCACAGCUAUUGAUGUUUGGUCUGUUGGUUGCGUAUUGGCUGAGCUUCUGCUUGGACAGCCUUUGUUCCCUGGUGAGAGUGGAGUUGAUCAACUUGUUGAGAUCAUCAAAGUUCUGGGCACUCCAACAAGGGAAGAGAUUAAGUGCAUGAACCCUAACUAUACAGAAUUUAAAUUCCCACAGAUUAAAGCACAUCCAUGGCACAAGAUAUUCCAUAAGCGCAUGCCUCCAGAAGCUGUUGAUUUGGUCUCAAGACUACUACAAUACUCACCUAAUCUGCGUUGCUCAGCUUUAGAUGCCUUGACCCAUCCUUUCUUUGAUGAACUUCGUGAUCCAAAUGCUCGCUUACCAAAUGGUCGUUUCCUUCCACCAUUAUUCAAUUUCAAAGCUCAUGAACUGAAGGGGGUUCCAGCGGAGGUAUUGGUGAAAUUGAUUCCAGAGUAUGCGAGGAAGCAAUGCCCGUUUCUCGGCUUGUGAUAAAAAUAUCAUAAAAUGGAACAAAAUUGCAUCUGCGGUCUACAUACGAAUGCUACUCCGUGUUUCCUCUAUUUAUGUUGUUCUAUGAAAUUUGUUCCAUUUGCCUAUCUUUGUUGUAUGUUCGGUGUCUUUGUAAAAACAGAUUGAGAUAUAUAUCGGUACUCAAAUAUUUUACCCAAUGCUUGAUGGGUAUUCAGAGGAACACCGACCGUGUUUUCAUGUACAACAGCAGAUUGUAACAUCGAAUAGAAGACCAAAAUGUCAUGUGUUAUAUAUUUGUGGAUACAAUGAUGGGGUGGCAGACUUAGUUAUGCUCUCCAUGUUAGUUAGUUCUGAUUACAAUUCUGUUGCCUCGAUUAUCUUGGGACAAAAGCAAGUGCUUUGAAUA